AUUCAAUUCAGCCCAACUGACUUCUCGCAACCAGAUUUUCACUCUCUCUCUAUCUCUCUCUCACACAAACACACACUCACCGAUAUAAACACACACACACUCACCGAAAGCAAGACUGUUUCCAGAGUGAAUGCUAUGCAAAUGCAAGCUUUAACUUUCUCUCACCGGACUUUUCCAACGGUAUCUCCGGCGUCGGUAUCCGGAUUUUCCGGCAGAAACCGAAUUAAUACAAUCCAAUGCCGUGCUUCAGAAUCUCCGUCGCUAGUGGUGGAUGAAAAGCGGUUUAUCGAAGCAUCCGAAAAGGGGAAUUUAAUUCCUUUGUAUAAAUGCAUAUUCUCGGAUCAUUUGACACCUGUCCUAGCUUACCGUUGUUUAGUCAAAGAAGACGAUAGAGAGGCUCCUAGCUUCCUCUUUGAAUCCGUCGAACCUGGUUUUCGUUCAUCAUGUGUUGGUCGAUACAGUGUGGUUGGGGCACAACCGGCAGUGGAAAUUGUAGCGAAAGAGAAUAAGGUGACGAUUCUUGAUCACGGAUCGGGUAAAAUAAUAGAGAAGUUUGUAGAUGAUCCAAUGACAAUUCCAAGAAGCAUUUCCGAAGGUUGGAGACCACAACUAAUACAAGACUUACCCGAAGCGUUUUGCGGUGGAUGGGUUGGUUUCUUCUCAUAUGAUACAGUUCGCUAUGUCGAGAAGAAAAAGCUGCCAUUCUCAAGUGCACCAAUAGACGAUCGAAACCUGCCUGACAUUCAUCUUGGACUGUACGAUGAUGUCAUCAUUUUUGAUCAAGUAGACAAGAAAGCAUAUGUCAUUCACUGGGUGCGCUUAGAUGAAUAUCCGUCUGCUAAAAAAGCUUACGAAGAUGGAAUAAAUCGCUUGGAAACAUUAGUUUCUAAAGUACAAGAUAUCGAGCCUCCAAGGCUAUCUCCAGGUUACAUUGAUUUCUGCACUAGUGAUUUCGGACGUUCGCUAGACGAGAGCAGCAUGACACGAGAGGAAUACAUGAAAGCUGUUUUACAGGCGAAAGAGCAUAUUCUGGCAGGGGAUAUUUUUCAGAUUGUCUUAAGUCAACGUUUCGAAAGGAGGACGUUUGCCGACCCGUUUGAAGUAUACAGAGCUUUGAGAGUUGUGAAUCCGAGUCCGUAUAUGAGUUAUUUGCAGGCUAGAGGCUGUAUUAUGGUUGCUUCGAGCCCGGAAAUUCUUACUCGUUUAAACAAGAAAAAGAUAGUGAAUCGACCAUUGGCUGGGACAGCUAGAAGAGGGAAGACAGUGCACGAGGAUGAGAUGUUAGAGAUUAAUCUGCUAAAAGACGAAAAGCAAUGUGCAGAACAUACUAUGCUCGUUGAUUUGGGCAGAAACGAUGUUGGAAAGGUUUCGAAAUCUGGUUCUGUCAAAGUGGAAAAGCUCAUGACUGUUGAACGAUACUCCCAUGUGAUGCAUAUCAGCUCCACAGUCACAGGGGAGUUGCACGAUCAUCUAACCGGAUGGGAUGCACUGCGUGCUGCUUUGCCUGUAGGAACAGUUAGUGGAGCUCCAAAGGUGAAGGCGAUGGAGUUGAUAGAUGAACUAGAAAGAACAAGAAGGGGACCGUACAGCGGUGGAUUCGGAGGAGUAUCGUUUGUCGGAGACAUGGACAUAGCAUUGACUCUGAGAACAAUAGUGUUCCCCACAGAUGUGCGUUACGACACAAUGUUUUCAUACACCCAUGGUAAGAAGAGGAGAGAAUGGGUCGCACAUCUCCAAUCCGGAGCUGGAAUUGUCGCCGAUAGCGUUCCAGAAGACGAGCAGGUAGAGUGUGAACGCAAAGCUGCCGGUCUCUCCAGGGCCAUUGAUUUGGCUGAGUCAGCGUUUGUCAAUAAAACCCGUGAUCAGCCACCAAAGAGUAUCAACUGUGGUGGCGGUGAUGGUGGUGGUGCUGUUGCUGCUUCGCCACUCAAAAUUCCUAGUGCGGAAUUAUUAGUACCGCAGAAUGGAUACUUGGGUGCCUGAAUAAACUCUCAACAACAAGUUUUUCUAAGUUCAGAAUAUAUACCAAAAUUGCAGAAGUAAUAAUUAAAAACCAAUGUGUUUUGAAGAGUGAUUAACUUUUUUUUUUUUUAGUUUUUUUAUUUUAUUUUAUUUUUAUUUUCUUACCUUACCUUCAAUUGCAAGUUAUAAUGUUUCGGUCACAUAUUCAGUGUCUAUUCUAUGCUACAAUUGGUGAAAUUCAUCAUAUUGUUUUCCACCUUUUAUUAA